AUGAAAAAGCAGUACUCGAGCGAGUUCAGCACCCACGGCCGCAUGCUCUCGUCCAACAAGCAGUCGACGGAGCGGAGCAGCAACAGCAUCCGGCAGAGCACCCGCUCCCGCCGCACGAAAGGCGAGCCGCACCCCCGCCCGCACGAACAGCGGCAGGAACUCGAGCCGACCAUUCACGUCCUCGACAACGGCGUGGACCGGACGCCUCUCCCGCUGCAGCAGCGGCCGGGGGGCGGCGGGGGAGUCCAGCGGGAUGUUCGUCCGCCCGCCGGCUCCAUCAGCGCUUUGCUGCCGGUGGAGAGCAGUUCCCUCUUUCACUCCUCCGUGCUGAACAGUUCCACCGAUCAGUUUGGAUUCACCUCCAGCGCUAGCGUCGGUAUUGGUAGUCCCUCACAUGUGGGACUUCUCACAGGAUCUUCCUCAUCUCUUACAAGCGUCUCUAUAGACCGAAGAGGUUCUACCAUCUCGAGCGGAUCGAUUUUUGGACCAUCAGCCGCUAUGGGAGCGCAUACACAAUUUCAGCAAGGGUCUUUUGAUGAACAUGCAGGAAUGCCAGAGGAGAAGAUGCAUGUCUACAGUCGAGAAGAACGAAGGGCAUGGUUGGAUUGUAAAACAACAGUUGUUCUUACAGAGACUCCUACUAUAAUGUUAUAUACGCAUCAAGAUGAAAUUGUCUCAAAUGAGAAUAAGAAUAUUGUAUCGCAGGUACAAGAGCGAAAUGAUUACUACUCUGCUCUUGUAGAAGCAAAGAGGGUAGAUGAGGGAACACGGUUUCAGGAAAAGGGUUCAUGGACGUUUGUACCACCAAAGAAAUCUAUUCACUGUGCUAUUCAUCCCUCACCUAAAAAAAAUGCAGGAGCUUUGCAAGUCACAACUUGGAUGCUACGAGAUCAGUUUGCUGCUCUUACACGAGAAGAUGAAUCUAUGGAAGAGGAAGAGAGUGAAAAUGAAGAUGAUGAUGAGUUGGUAGAAUCUGCAACCAAUGGAGAGAAAGAGGCAGUAUCUGAAGGAGCAGCAGAUAAUAGUGUUCGAAGUAAUACACGAUCGGCAGUAUCUUGGAUGUUUUCUGAUUCUAUAUUAUCAACAUUACGUGUGAUGGAGCGAGCUGUGGUACAAAAUACGAUGGAGGAAGUACAAUUAAUGUAUAGAGGUAUUACUAUGGACCCUGCUGCUCACCGUAUACCACGACCACCAGAGGGAGAAGAAAGAAAAACACCUGAAGAUAUGGAUAUGACAGCUACAGGAACAGCAGCAAUAGCAGUAGCAGCAGCAGCAACAGCAGCAACAACAACAGAAGGAAAUGAUCCACAAGAAGCGGCUCUUGCUGCUGCUACUGCUGCUGUGGCAGCGGCAUCUGCUCCUGUUAUUAAAGCGGAUCCACCACCAUUAAAAAUGUCAGAUGAUAUUAAAGCAUUAUGGACUUUUCGUUCUCCUUCAACAAAAAACCGUGCUGUUACUUCUAUGUCUUGGAAUUUAAAAGAAACUGAUAUUUUGGCAGUAGGUUAUAGUGCUUUACGAGGUGAUAAUAUUCAUCCUACAGAAGGAUCUAAUGGUUCAUCAACAGGUGGUUUAGUUUGUUGUUGGUCAUUAAAGAAUCCACUCGCUCCCGAACGUGUUAUUCACCUUUUAGGAGAAGCAGGUGUAUCAUGUGUAGCCUUCUCUUAUGAAUACCCAAGUCUUCUUGCAGUUGGUGAUACAGAUGGCAGUAUUGUUAUUUAUGAUAUUCAAAAAGAUACAAAUGUACCUGCUAUUAAAACCACACUUACAAGUGGACAACAUACAAGUGCCGUAUGGGAACUUAAAUGGGUGGCACGAGGUAAAGAGCGAGGGGAAUUUCUUAUGUCUAUAUCUGGAGAUGGUCGUGUUGUGCAGUGGGCUGUGGGUAAAACUAUUGAACGAGUGGCACCUGAUCUUAUGACUCUUAAAAGGCAACAUGGUACCACUUCUGAAUCUGCCUUUGCAGAUGAUGGAAGUAAAAAUAAACGAGGUGGUGCGAAUACUACUACUUCUACUCCUGUUACAGGUACUGGACAACAUCAACAACAACAACAACAACAACAACAACAACAGCAACAAAGACGCAGACAUGAUGCACUCUUCUCAAGACAAUGUGGUGGUAUGUGUCUUGAUAUUUCACCUGCAGAUGGUACUGUUUACAUUGUAGGUACAGAGGAUGGUUCUAUAUAUCAGUGUAAUAAGAGUCAAACAGAGAAUUAUGAAUUAGAUUAUGCACCACACUCAGAACUUGUCUAUCGUGUGCGAUGGUCACCAUAUAGUGAUAACUACUUUCUCACAUGCUCAGCGGACUGGAGUUCACGACUUUACCGCGUUGGACAGUCCGCACAACUUCUCACAUUUGAUAGUCCUAAUCAAAAUGCUGUACAAGAUGUAGCAUGGUCCUAUACAAACUCUACAACAUUUGCCACUGUUACAGCACAGGGAAAUGUGGAAUUGUGGUCUAUUACGGAUUCUAUUCAUCCCCGAUCACGUGUGCAGUUUGUGGAUCAACGCCGUCUUUCAAGUGUUUCUUUCGCUGAACAAGAUGCUGCUGUUAUAGUGGUUGGGGAUGAAAAAGGUGAUGUGACGGUAUUCCGUCUUCUUGCACCGUGCUAUAGUAGUAUGAACAUGGUGGCAGAUGAACAGGAACAAGCACUUGAGGAAGCCAUCCGCAAGGCCACCUCAUAG